GUGCCUCGCGAACCCUAGCGCCGCACCCGCACACUCCCGCAGUAGCCGCCGCCGCCGCCGCCCAGCCACAGGAAGGAGGAGGAAGAAGAUGCCGGCGGGGCACGGGCUGCGGUCGCGGACCCGCGACCUGUUCGCGCGGGCGUUCCGCAAGAAGGGGUACAUCCCGCUCACCACCUACCUGCGCACCUACAAGAUCGGCGCCUACGUCGACGUCAAGGUGAACGGCGCCGUGCACAAGGGCAUGCCGCACAAGUUCUACCACGGCCGCACCGGACGCGUCUGGAACGUCACCAAGCGCGCCAUCGGUGUCGAGAUCAACAAGCAGGUUAAUGGCCGCAUCAUCAGGAAGCGUAUCCAUGUACGUGUGGAGCAUGUGCAGCCCUCCCGAUGCACAGAGGAGUUCCGCUUGAGGAAAGCCAAGAAUGACCAGCUCAAGGCGGAUGCCAAGGCCCGUGGUGAGGUGAUCAGCACCAAGAGGCAACCUGUGGGACCCAAACCUGGCUUCAUGGUUGAGGGUGCUACGCUUGAGACAGUCACUCCUAUUCCUUAUGAUGUGGUCAAUGAUCUCAAGGGUGGUUACUAGAGAGGAUUCUUGUACCUUGAGCAGUUCAAGUGAGCUGGCAUAAAUACUUAUCUGAAUCUUUUUGAUAACUGCGUAGUUCUUUUGUUCUGGUUUUAUGAACCUAUUACCAAUGUGGCUAUUGCUAGUUAACGUUAAAGAUUUUGCCAUGGUUGAGUGAAACCUUUUAUGUUA